AGUUUCUCGUCUCGUCCUCGGGGUAACGGAACUCACGAACCCUAGAUCCGACAGGCGGAUCGGUUCCCUUCUUUCUCCACUUUUCUUGGUUCGGCGGCGGUGGCGGCGGCGGCGUGUUUUCAUCGCCAUGGCGGAUGGUGAUGAUAGCGCAACCGUGUCCUGUGGGCGCCGCGACUUCACCCGAGGCUGCAGCCUGCGCACCUCCAUGGUAGCGGAUUCUGUAGUCCUCCGAGGCGCCGACAGGCUCUCCUCCGCGAUGAAGGAUUUCAAGCAAGGCUCAGGCUUGGAACCUUUCGUCGACGAGGCUGAGCGAUUGGCCAGGGAGGCGGAGCUGAUGGAGUUUCAUCGGGAGGCUGCGCGGUACAGAGAACAUCGCGAGCGGAAGAGGGCUGCGGAAGAGAGCAUCCGCGACUUCGAUCCCAAGCAAGGUGGCGAAUACUACAACAGAUUUCGCUUCAUCGAUCUGACAAGAUUCGAUCUCGACGAGGAGUCGCCCCUUGGUCCGAUGAGAUUUACUAAUGCUGUCUACAAAAAUGCGAAUGACUAUGAGCUGUGCGAGGGAAUAAACAUCUUCUCUGUGAAAAUUGGCACCUUGGAUGUUGAUUUCCCAAUCUAUGUUUAUGGCACUGUCAUCGCCAGAGACAGUCUGGACGAGAAGUGUGUUUAUCUCUUCCGCCGUGAUAGAGAUCAUUGCCAAUUCAUCAAUUCUGAGGAUGAAUCUUUGAUCUUGACAGGACCAAAACGAGGACUCGCGUUGAUAAGUGAGAAUUAUGUUGAGAUUGAUCUGAAGAUUAAGGAUCAUCAAGGGCAGGACAAAGAACUCAGUAAAGGUAUCUUAUCGAUCAGGGGCAUAGAACGUCGAGAGUUGGAGCGAUGUGAGCUUGAAAGUGGCUCUCUUUCUACCAGGCUUAGUACUGUAGAUGUGAUGUAUGGAGUUGUGAAAGAUGCAGUGGAGGGUACAAUUGCAAUUGAAGUUCUACAAGGAGGCUUUAAUGGAAAAAUUACUGCCCAUACCACCAGCAUCCUGCACAGCCUUGUGCUUUAUGAUAGUCAAGUGGUUGGUGAUGGUAUUGGAAUUAUCAAGCUUAUGCAACCCGUCAUUUCUGUCUACGUGAAGGAUAUGCUGGUAAUUGUUGCCCAAACUAGUGAUGGUACUUUGGAACGAACCAUUAGAUUCACUCCCAAGAUCAACGGCGGAGAAGAAGAAGUUAUUACUGUUGGUGUCACAAAGAUGCGCGUGAAGGUUGCUUGGUCGAUAAUGGACUUUUGAGUGAGCUCGUGGAUUGGCUCACUGUUAAGGUUUGUCAGCAGGAUCUGUACACAGUGUUAACUAUAUCAGAGUAGUGAUGUUGGGGUUAUCAUUAGACACUAAAUAAGUAAUAGGGUGCCGUAACUAGUAACGUGUUGGGCCUGUUAUGUUGAACUAUUGUCUAGUGUGUUGGUCUUGUUAUCUGUUAUCAUGAACGGGAAGGCAAACCCCUGAACCCUUGACACCAGUUGAACCUAAGAAGUCUGGAAGGCUGAGCUUUCUUCCUCA